CCAAUCGCCGCCUGCCUCGUGGUGCAAUCCAUCGUGGGCUUGCUCAGGCAGCCAUUUUCGCCAUCUCACGUUGCUCAACAUGGCCAAGCUACACAAAAGAUUUUCUUCUUUUCUCUCUCUCUUCACAUUCUACGCCUACUACGCCCUGCACCGCCCGUAACAGUGUGCAGUUGCCACGGGCUUGCGUUCGGCUCCUUGUUUGCCGCCCAUUCCCCCCCAACGGUACCGUGUCUGUCGACGUACAUUGGUCGAAACCGUCGCCUAACCCGUCACUAUCGACUUUACAUGCGUGCCUUUGUUUAGCACCGUCAGCAUCCUGUCCUGUCCAUGUGUGCACAGCACAUGCUGCUGUCCCCGGCAUCUUUUUUUGUUGUUUUUUCUCUUCUCUUUGUUUUUUGUUUGGCGUGUGUUUGUCCCUUCUCCUGGUUGUGUACCCUCGUCUAUACAGUAGGUACAUGUAACAUAUACGUAUAUCAAGUAUAUAUCAUGCCGGGGCAGACGUGCCCUCACGCCAUCUCCACGGCAGCAAUUGAACUCGCCCAAGUGCCCAUCUUCCCCCCCAGUGGAUAUCGCUCUGCCCGGUACUCCCCAACGCCGAUCCUCGCACCAUCCAUGUAUGUACGUGUAAUAACCAGGCGGUGGACCGUCAAACAACAAACCACCUCCACCCUAUGCUCGCUCGCCCGCACGGACCCAGGCACCCCGUCAGUCCAGACUAGCGCGCUCCAGGCCAAGCUUCGCCCGCCCGCCCACUCAGCGUGGCCCAUUUCAGCCCCCGAUUUCCACCCCACCGCCCAUCAAACACAACAUGCCCUCCGCUAA